ACAGAAGCGCGCGCCUGUUGUUGCCUGGCAACACAAGCGUCAAGCUCGUGAAGUUUGCUGGGAAGGUUAUUAAAGUUUGAAACAACUUUGUGGACCUAAACGUCGAUUUAAAGUUUAAAUCUUACACAUGUUUGGACUCGCUCAUCUCAGGACUACUAGGAUGGCAGACGUAAGAUGUUUAAAGGGAGAAACAGGUAAUUUAAUGACAGAAUGGUCACAUCGAGGAGAGAAUAUAAAGUUCAGCGUUUGUUGUCGCUGUCAGUCGUGUGUCCUCUAUGACAAACUGCACCAGUUCACCCAGUGGAUGCAAAAUACUGACAGAGCAACCCAGAAGAGGUUUCUUACUGGUAUUCUAGUGCGGUGCCAAAAUCUUCCCAUCCUGGAAAAUCUUCAGAGGAUCUUGCAGUUUACAUCAGGGAAAGAUUUCACCUAUGCCAGGUUCAGAGCCCAGCCAAAAAAAUCUGAAGAUGGGAUUAUAAGUGCAUGGAGAGCUGAACAUGACACAGACAUGAUGGAGACUUGGGAAUGGUUUAAGAAGAGCCCAGAAUGGACCAAGUCCAAAUAUUUACUGCGGGUUUUGUCGUUGUGUGAUGCCCACCUUUUGCACAUUUUAGGAAAUCUUGUGCACAUCUUGAUUGCCUGGGAAAAACACAGAUUUCGUCGGUUCAGCAGUACUGAUGUCUGCCAUCCAGCAAAGGACAGCACAUCUCUCAUGAUUAACUGUAAUGAGCCGGAAGAGCUGGAUAUUCGGCGCAUGGGCAUCUGGAAUCCAAGAAGAAAAGACAGAGAUUCAGGGUUAGACGGCUCGGAUGACCCUGCCUUUACUAUCUUCCCCAGGUCAUCAAAGUCCCGGUCAGGGGUCUGCCGCCAUAGAGAUUUCAUUAGAAGACUCCCAGUGUAUAUUGCAAAGAAGAUUUUGAGGCUUUUGGACAAAGCCUCUCUAUACAGCUGCAGAUGUGUGUCCAGACAUUGGCAUUUUCUAUCAGAGGAGAUUUUAACAGAGAUGAAUGUGAAAAGGUUUGGAAAACAGGCCAUGAUUCUGGAGGGUAACUCCCAAUUCAAGGUCAACCCUUUUUAUGCCAAAAUGUGUGAAGUCCCAGUGCCAAUUAGUGAGGAGGAUAAGCAAUACCAGCAUGGAGAAUCUUUCCCCAAACAUAAGUCACAGCAUCAAGACUUUGAUUAUAUUUACAAAGGGAUUAAAACUAAGACGAUCCAAAUGGAAGAACGAAAUGUGUACUGUGGAGUGUAUAACGUCAAUGUCUUGCUGGAAAGAGAAGAUCCCAGCAGAGUCAUGCAUUAUGCUGGAGGUCAGUUGGUGGUGGUUGGCUCCAGGGACCGUACCGUCAGGUUGCUGGAUGUUGCUUCAUCAAAAGAGGUUUCUCCAGAGAUUAAGGGUCACGCGGGCAGCGUUAGAGCAGUUCUGGUUUGUGAAGAGAGAGAUCUGGUUAUCAGCUCAAGUUAUGACCUCAGUAUCAGAUGCUGGAACCUGAAGACAGGUGUCUGCACAAUGUUCUUUUAUGGACAUUUUGGCACUAUAAACUGCCUGGAUUUGUGUGGAGAUAGGCUGGUGUCUGGAGCCAAAGACUGUAGAGUGAAAGUGUGGAACCUGCUGACCAGGAAGUGCAUUAACAAUCUGAAAUUUAAACAUCCUAAACCAAUCACAUGUGUGAAGAUUGAUGAGAUUGUGGUGAUUAGCAGUUGUGCUGGUGGUUUGGUCAGGAUGUGGAACAUUGAAAACGCAUCACUCAUGAGGCAAAUAAAUGGCCACCGGGGGGCGGUGUUGUGUCUGUGCCUCGACCAGUGGCACAUCCUCUCUGGGGGUUCAGAUGGGUCGGUCAAAGCAUGGAGUACCAACUGUAGCUUCAAGAACAGUUUGAGGACCUUCCUGCAUCCAAAAGAAGUGUUGACAGUGUCUUUCCUGUUUCUGCGCGUAAUUACCGGCUGCAUGGAUGGAAAGAUCCGGAUCUUCAACUUUCUAAAUGGGGACUGUCUGAGAGUCAUCAAGACAAAUGUGCAGCAGAGCCCAAUCCUCUCUCUGCACACACACCACAACAUUGUAAUGGUGAACACCAGAGACAAUGUACUGAUGCUAGAGUUUGCAGAAGUUCAGUGGGACUAUUCUGCUUCUGCUGUAAAGGAUUGGUCCAAUCAGUCCCUCAGUGGGCUUCAGAGCGUAGACCAGAUGUCUCGGGUGGGCUCGGGAUCUUGCCCCAAAAGCCAUCAUAGGAUUAGGCAGCAUGCACGAGAUGCUCAAAAGUCCACAAGGGCGGCGACAUGGCGUAAGCUCCAGGUUUAUCGACAAAACAGGGCCUUCAUCGAUCCACAGUUUGAGAGCCGAUCUGAUCUCUCAACACUCAGGCCUGUUAGUGGAUGCAGAAUAGACUUAAAAAGUAAAGUCACCUGCACAUCACCACCUUGGAGUACCAUCACCAGUUUGGAUAAGGAAACUUAUGACACCAACAGCUUGCUGCUCAGCCAAAGUGAGAAAUCGUUCAUAGAAAGAGUGAAAAAGCGUGGCCCUCACCAUCCUGUGACCAUUGACUCAAUUCUACUAAGAGUCAACAGCUCCCAGCAGGGCCAAUGCAGUGACCUUGCCAGGUCUAAUAUGGAGCUGAAUGCCAGAGUACGAGAUGCCUGGGGUCCGGUUUCAUCCAGAGAGACUCAGCAUAAAGACUCUGCCUCCCUAAUCUCCAAAAGCACAACAUCUCAUCCAUCAUCUCGCAAGCUACCCACUGAAACCACCUUCAAAAAAUCAGCUAAACUUGGCGCCCCAUCCACCACCCGCAACCAUGUGGACCUCAACCCUCAGCGCCUGCUAAAGUCCAGACAAACCUCCGGCUGCCACGUUCUUCCUCAGCUGGAGACGGAGAGCACCAAAGGAUCCCCACCCAAACACUCUCAAAGACCAUUGAAAGUGGCUUGUGCAGGGAUAAACAAAAUUGCCCCACCGAGCACAACAUCCCGGGAAGCAGAGUCCUGCAACGGGUCGGGUACCCGCGGGUACCCGUGGGUACCCGCAUAA